AUGGAACUGCUCACGUAUGUCUUUUAUCGCGCACAUGCGCUUUCACGCACAAACGCCCUACUUGUGCCCUUUCGCUAUCCCGCUGCUGCGUUCUUCUAUCUCCCACAUCGUUUGCUCUGCAUUGUGCUUUGGUACGGGCAGCACAUAGAUAACGACCCGCCGUUGAUUCACCGUUCGAAUUUAUCGCUGCUGUUCGCAUGCAAACCUCUGCGAACCAUGGCUGUCGUCCUGCACACCACAGUUGGAGACCUUCCCGUGCUGCUCCACUAUCAGACAUGCCCGCUCGCCUCCUUUAACUUCCUCGCUCUCUGCGCCUCGGGCUACUACGAUGGGUGCACUUUCUAUCGCCACUACCCUGGCAUUCUGUUGCAGACUGGUGAUCCAACGAACACCGGAAAAGGCGGCGAAUCCAUCUUUGUCAAGCUGCCCCCUCUUGUCAAUGCCGCUGACGGCAGCGAAGGUGGUGAUGCGGUCUCAGUGGAGGCCGUGUCGGUAGCCGCCGCUGGAAUUCGUGCGGGACGGUACUUCCAUGAUGAGGGCUUUGGUCUCACCACGCACGCACAGCGCGGCACCCUCUCUAUGGCUCACAAAGGCGUCAAGACAGAUACGAACGCCUCCCAAUUUUUCAUUACUACGAGUCCACAGCCAUCGUUUGACGGCGUUUACACUGCCUUUGGCGUGGUGGACAUGAACGGUGCCUACUCAGCUUCUGAGGCCGCUGUAGUGGCAGUGGUGGCGAACUCCACCGAGGGGGAGGCGGUCGGAAACUCUUCUGCCAUGGCUGGAGCUGAAGCAGUUGGCGACGUGGCGCUCAAGUGUGGGGACGCCGUGCUUAGGGCAUUGGAGGCGGCCUCCGCGAAGGUUGACCCAAAGAACUUUGUCCACCUCGAGUCCCGUGCUCACAUCACAAGCGCCACGAUUCUCUACAACCCUUUUGCUGAAGGAAAGAUGAAGCUGUAG